AUGGACAACGAACCACAGCUACCACUCCCAUCGCGAAACCUCGAGGAGAUCCAGCUCAUAGACGAAUCGCUUACUCUCCCCUCAUUUACUUCUCAGACAGCCUGGACGCUGGGAUCACUGCUACGAAGCAAGCUUGUGCAGUUCUCGAAAAGCACGGUGAUCGAUAUCUCCUUAGCACACCAGAGCCAUUUUCUACGAUGGAACAGCUCGACGUGGUAUAUGCAUAACAAGUUCGUUGGAGACGAGGCAGCAUUUGCGACGAAGUUUGCGCUGGGACAAGAGGCGGGAAAGUACGCUAUCCAUGGUGGAGGCUGGCCGGUGAGGGUGCGGGGGGUGGAGGGCAUUGUCGCGGUUGUGGUUGUGUCUGGGCUACGGCAAGAGCAGGAUCAUGCGAUUAUUGUGCAGACAGUGAGCGAGAUGCUGGAGGAGCUGAGGGAGGAGUUAGAGAGUGAGGCGGGGGAUGUCAAGAAGAAGGAGGAUUGA